AUGUCGGCCUCAAGUAGGGGUGCCCGUGCUUCACUAGCAUUAUUCAAAGCGGCGACGACUCGCCCGCUCCUCGCUGCCCAGCGGCUGUACUCGUCUGCCGCCGCAGAAGCGGCAGCGGUUCCUGAGCCCUCGACGAGCCUGCCCGAGGAGCCGCAGGCCACGCACACCGACCCGGCGUCCACGACCCGCGCCCUCUACAAGAUCAAGUCCGGCAUCAUCCUCACCCGCCCGCCGCUCCUGACCCGCCCGCUCACGGCCUUCGAGUCCUCCUUCUACCUCUACCAGAAGCGCCUCAACGAGCGCCUGACGGCCCCCUUCCGCAAGCCGCUCUACUUCAAGCCCGACACGGCCUCGGAGCUCGACUGGCGCAUCAAGGUGCGCGAGCGCGAGGGCACGCCGGGCCGCGACAUCGGCGUCUACCACGGCCGCGGCCGCGACGCCUGGAACGACGAGGUCGUCGUGGGCAGCCCGCUGGCGGACCCGGAGGCCGUGCGGGAGGCGCUGCUGCGCGACGCCGAGGCCCGCGUCAGCGAGGACGGCGAGGAGCUGCCCGAGGCCGACCGCGUGCGCGUCGAGCUGCCCGCCGGCCGCACCACCGAGGCCGACGCCACGGGCGACGCCAGGCGGCUCGACCGCCAGCUCGACCGGACGCUGUACCUGGUCGUCAAGGGGCCCGAGGGAUCCUGGGGCUUCCCCAGCGCCGCCAUGAUGACAGACGAGAAUCUGCAUGAGGCUGCGGCCAGAGUGCUCGAGUCGGCAGCUGGCGUCAACAUGAACACCUGGAUCGUCGGCCGCGUCCCGGUCGCCCACCUGGUCAACCACCCCGUGGUCAAGGACGGCGCCAAGGUCGAGAAGAAGGGGGAGAAGGUCUUCUUCCUCAAGGGCCGGAUCAUGGCCGGCCAGGCGGACCUGGAGGACAACAGCCUGGGCUUGACUGACUUCAAGUGGCUGACCAAGGAGGAGCUCAAGGACACGCUGGACCCCCACUACUACCAGAGCGUCAGGAAUAUGAUGGCCGAGAGGUGA